ACAAGAGCUGGUAUUUGGUUGAGGGUCAAGUGAUUUACUUUCUCCAGGAAAAAGGACCUCUACUCUCAGGAUGGACUACUUCUGUCACUGGCCAGCCUCUGGCACUAUAUUGUUUCUUCUAGGAUUUUUAGCACUGAGCUCACGGACUGCCCGCUCUGAGGAGGACAGGGACACUCUUUGGGAUGCUUGGGGCCCCUGGAGCGACUGUUCGAGGACCUGUGGGGGUGGAGCCUCAUACUCACUACGAAGAUGCCUCAGCAGCAAGAACUGUGAAGGGCGGAAUAUCAGAUACAGGACAUGCAGCAAUGUGGACUGCCCCCCGGACUCAGGUGAUUUCCGUGCCCAGCAGUGCUCUGCCCACAUUGAUGUCCGGUACCAGGGGCAGUAUUAUGAGUGGCUGCCUCUUUACAAUGACCCCGAGAACCCUUGUGCGCUCAAGUGCAAGGCUAAAGGGACAUCACUGGUGGUGGAGCUGGCACCUAAAGUACUUGACGGCACCAGGUGCUACACGGAGUCACUGGACAUGUGCAUUAGUGGCACUUGUCAGAUUGUUGGCUGUGACCAUGAACUGGGAAGCACCGCGAAGGAAGACAACUGCGGAGUGUGCAAUGGAGACGGCUCUACCUGUCGACUUGUCAGAGGACAGUAUAAAUCCCAGCUCUCAACAAAUAAAAUGGAAGACACUGUCAUUGUGAUCCCAUAUGGAAGUCGACAUAUCAGACUGGUACUGAAGGGACCCGAUCACUUGCAUUUAGAAACUAAGACUCUACAAGGUCAAGAAGGAGAGAACAGCCUCAGCACUACCGGGUCUCACCACAUUGACAACACAACUGUGGACUUCCAGAAGUUUCCAGACAAGGAGAUACUAAGGAUGAGUGGCCCUCUUGGUGCAGACUUCACUGUGAAGAUCUGUUACGUCAGUGCCUCAGACAGCAUGGUCCAGUUCAUCUUCUACCAGCCCAUUAUCCAUCGUUGGAGGGAAACAGAUUUCUUUCCAUGCUCAGCCACUUGUGGUGGAGGAUACCAGCUGACCUCCGCUGAGUGCUUUGACCUGCGCAGUGGACGCGUGGUAGCUGACCAGUAUUGCCACUACUACCCUGAAAAUGUCAAACCCAAACCAAAGCUACGGGAGUGUAACAUGGACCCCUGUCCAGCCAGUGACGGCUACAAGGAGAUCAUGCCCUAUGACCUCUACCACCCCCUACCACGAUGGGAGAGCAGCCCGUGGACGGCUUGCUCCAUAUCUUGUGGCGGGGGGAUCCAGAGGCGCUCUGUGUCCUGCGUGGAGGAAGACAUCCAGGGCAACAUAACCCCUGUAGAGGAGUGGAAGUGCAUGUACAUCCCCAAGAUACCAAUCAUCCAGUCCUGCAACAUCUUUGACUGCCCCAAGUGGCUUGCACAGGAGUGGUCCCCGUGUACAGUGACAUGUGGCCAGGGUCUCCGCUACAGAGUGGUGCUCUGUAUCGAUCACAGGGGACUGCAUGCGGGGGGCUGCAACCCUAAGACCAAGCCUCAUAUUAAAGAGGAGUGCAUCGUCACGAUUCCCUGCUACAAACCAAAAGAGAAGCUCCCGGUGGAGGCAAAGCUGCCCUGGUUCAAGCAGGCUCAGGAGCUGGAGGAGGGAGCAGCAGUGACUGAGGAACCCUCGUUCGUCCCUGACGCCUGGUCCCCCUGCAGCAGUACCUGUGGGGCCGGGAGCCAGCGGCGGCGAGUGAAGUGUCAGGUUCUGCUGUCCUUCUCCCAGACAGUGGCAGACUUGCCUGACGAUGAGUGUGAGGGGCCCAAGCCCCCGGCCAGCCGGACGUGCUACAGCGGACCCUGCGGAGGAGAAGGGGAGGACCACAGCCCCGAGGAGGAGGGCGAGGAUUUGCUCUUACAGCUUGAUGACGAUGACGAACUCCACGACUGGGAGUACGAGGGCUUCACAGAGUGUUCCGAACCCUGCGGGGGUGGGCUGCAGGAGGCGGUAGUGAUCUGCCUGAACAAGCAGACGAGAGAAGUGGUGGAGGAGAGCUUGUGUGUGAGCCAUCGACGCCCCCCUCAGCUGCUCAAGGCCUGCAGCUCGGAGCCCUGUCCACCAAGGUGGGAAACGGGGAAGUGGAGUUCCUGUUCCGCCACCUGUGGAGUGGGCCUGAGGACCCGGGACGUGACGUGCACCCACUUGCUGUCCAGAGAGAGCAACGAGACUGUCACCCUGAGUGAUGAGAAGUGCCGGCUGGCCAAGCCCGCCCAGGUGCAGGCCUGCAACCGCUUUGACUGCCCGCCCGCCUGGUACCCCCAAGACUGGCAGCAGUGUUCCCGUAGCUGUGGAGGUGGUGUUCAGACCCGGGAGGUUCUCUGUAAGCAGAGACUGGCCGACGGCAGUUUCCUGGAACUGCCUGAAACCUUCUGCUCUCUUCCGAAUCCAACUACCCAGCAACCUUGUGAGAACAGGGCAUGUCCUGCAGAGUGGGGUGCUCUGGAGUGGUCACAGUGCUCUGCAAGCUGUGGAGAAGGCAACCAGGUUCUUCCAGUGGUCUGCAGGAAGAUGGAUGAAAACGGCGAAUAUGUGAUCCUCAGCUCUUCAGCCUGUUCCAAUUUAAGUCAGCUGCCUUCUAUCAGACCAUGCUCACUGGCAUCCUGUGCAAAACCUUUGAAUCCUGGCCAAAAACUGUCUCCACACAUAAUAACUUUGAGGAAGGUUUACAUGCAGUUGAGAAAAGAGAGAAAGCUGCAGUUUGUCAUGGGUGGAUACGCUUAUCUGAAACCGAAAACCUCCAUCGUUCUAAGGUGUCCUGUCAUAAGGUUCCGGAAAUCUCUAAUCAAGUGGGAAAAGGAUAGCAAGCCCUUAACCAGCUUACCUCACCUAACAGUCUCUGCAUAUGGAUAUAUUAAAAUCCACCACCUCAAGCCGUCUGACAUUGGGACCUAUACAUGUGUGGCAGGGCCAAUGAGGGAGAGCUUCAUUGUCAAGCUCAUUGGUGGUAACCAUAAGCUCAUUUCCCCACCAUCUGCAGCAAAAAUUAAAGAGUCAAAAGACAAACAGUGGUUGAUAUCCAGUGGCAAGACAAUUGCAGAAUCAAUGGGUAAUAGCAAAAUAUGGGUCUUCCAGGAUCAGUUUAGCCAGUACGAUGACAUUGUAUUGCGACUUCUUGAGAUGAAAGGGCUGACAAGGGAGAACCCAGACUCUUGGGAGCUGCAGGAAUCAGAGAGAAAUAUCUCCUUCUCUGAAGAGGACCAUAGCCUGGAAGCAACAGCUCCACUCACCAUGGUCACCGAGCAAAGAAGGCUGGAUGAGAUCAUCAAGAACUUAUCUGCACAGCCCGAGGAGCUCAGGGGCGAUUAUGCCGACCGUCUCCUCACCCAGCUGCUGACGGAGGUUACAAAGAGCCAGGCUGAGAGCGACGCGUCCACCAUGAGGUAUCAGGAAAAAGGCAACUCCAUUUCACUGGAAUCUUUGGUCCGUAAAUCUAAUACUGGAACACCAAUCACACCACAUACAGAUUUGUCAAGCUCUAUCGAGUCUAUGGGGCACCCCAGGCAGCAUCUAAGGGCUCCUUUAAUUGUGAAGAAGACACAUGCUCAUCUGAAACCACACUUGUCCUCUCCUGUGGUUGUUGUCCAUGUUGGUCACACAGUCGUCCUUCGUAGCUGGAUUAACCUCUUGGUCGUCAAGUGUGAAGCUGUAGGGAAUCCAGAACCAACCAUUAGCUGGUCUAAGAAUGGAGAGCAGUUGAAAGCCAGCAGUAGGGUUGGAAUGCUCCCAGAGGGAUCCCUGCAGAUUCUUUCACCCAAUGAGACUGAUGUGGGAUUCUACACGUGUACUGCAAGGAACAGUGUUGGUUCCUCUGCCCUCUCUUCCACCAUCACACUGACAGGAAAGCCACUGAUCCAGGGUUCCAAAGGCGAGCAUGUGAUCCUAAACUUGAGCUCCGUGACUGUAGAUGUGGGAGGCAGAGUUACGUGCCGUCUCGGUGCCAACAUUACCCUCCGGUGUCAGGUUGAAGGCAUCCCAAAAUCUAAAAUCUCCUGGACAGUAGUGAAUGGCAAGUCUGUCCCCAACCACUAUCAGUCAAAGGAUGGAUCCCUGCUGAUAGUGAACGCUUCCCUGCUCGAUCAGGGGCGAUACAUCUGCCAGGCAGCGAAUCCUUAUGGACAAGUGACUGAAGUAACACAACUUCUCUUACUAGAUCCCCCACAAGCCGUCCCAGAGUCUGAAGACUGGGCUGCGGUGGCCUCAAGAGCAGGCCCCAGAGUUCACACCCUCCUCGUUACCACCGCUGGGACCAGACUAGCACUGAGUGCAGGGAGCACCCUCUUCAUAGGUUGUCCUGUGAAGGGCCACCCCAGACCACACAUCUCCUGGUUUCUCAACAGCCAGUCUCUGGGCAGCGCAGCAGAAAUAACACAUCAGCUCCUGGCAGAAGGGCAGGUCCUGCAACUUCUAAAUGUUACCAAGCACCUUCAUGGAGAAGUGCGCUGCCUGUCAGAGAAUGAUGCGGGCACAUUACAGCAAAGGGCAGUCUUAGAUAUACGAGUGUAUGAGUGGAAGGUUGAUGAACUGAUGCCAUGCUCUGCUCCUUGUGGUAACAAAGGCACCCAAUAUCCGAGGCUGAAGUGCCUGUGGGACAGCCUGGAAGUCAACCGGUCUCUCUGCAGGGACAUGCCUAAGCCUGCUCUGAAACCAGCUCCCUGCAAUAUCAAAGACUGCCUUCCCAGAUGGUUAGUGACUCCUUGGACUCCAUGCUCACGGAGCUGUGGAGGGGGCCUACUGAGCCGCAAAGUCACCUGCAACAAGGUAACGGCUGCUGGAAUCUCUGUGACCCUGCCAGAAGAGAACUGCGCCCCUGCUGGCAAACGCCCAGCAGACAUGCAGCCGUGCAACACUCUUCCCUGUGUGGAGUGGGCCACGUCCACCUGGGCGCAGUGUAAUGGCCAGUGUAUUGGACUAAGACAAGCAACACAGCACAGGCAGGUGUUCUGCCAGGCAAAGAAUGGCACUGUGAUGACUUUUAAUCAGUGCAGUAGUGUGUCCAGGCCACCCAGCAUCCAGAACUGUACAGCUGAGGCCUGCAAUGUGCAGUGGCAUGUGGGCUCUUGGACUCAGUGCACAGCCACCUGUGGGAACUACGGCUUCCAGUCCAGGAGGGUGGAAUGCGUACACCUCCGGAGCGGCAAGGCCGGGAGGGAGCAGUUCUGUUCCUGGAGACGGAGACCCGCCAACUGGCAGCGCUGUAACAUCCUCCCCUGUGAGAAAUUUGAGUGCCAGGACACCACCAGAUAUUGUGAGAAAGUCAAGCAGCUGAAACUCUGCCAGCUCUCCCAAUUCAAGGUGCGCUGCUGUGAGUCAUGCAAGGACACAUGAGGGAAUCUGCUAGUUCAGUUCUGUUGGUGAAAACAAAAGACAUAGAGAGAUGGAACAAUGGGCUCUUCCACAAGGCUGAUGAAAGAAUGCUAG